AUGCCUCACGAACACCAUCACGGAUGUGGGCACGAUGCACACGACCAUGACCACGAUCAAAUCGAUGACCUGGGCCCACAGGAUAGCCUAUUCAAUCAGAUAGAUCGCGAAAACAUCGUGGCUUUGAACGGCGACGGGGAUCCUUCUGUCCUUGUCAAGCCCUGGCACGACAGGUUGGAUGAGACCAAGUCUCUUCAAUCUGAUGAUGACGACGAACUAAUAGUCCAUAUCCCGUUCAACACAUCCGUCAAGCUGCGGGGUUUCAUGCUCAAGGCUGGCCCUGGUGCGGUUACGCCAAAGAAGGUUGCGCUAUAUACCGGCGACUCCGUCAUGUCCUUUGAUGAUCUGUCGGAUAAGGUGCCACUCCAGGAGCUAGAGGUCGUAGAGAGUAGAGAAGUUGGAGAAUAUCCACUGAGGACUGCGAAGUUUUCGAAUGUAUCUUCGAUAACGUUAUUCUUUCCAGAGUCCCAAGGGGCUGACAAGGUCCAAAUAUACUACAUCGGAUUCCUCGGGUCGUGGUCGGAGCACAAAAGAGGGCCAGUCGUCACUGUAUACGAAGCGCAAGCCAAUCUGGCCGAUCAUGAAAAAAUACAGGGCACAGAUGGUGCGUUCAGCAGCGCCCAGUUUUGA